CUCCAUUACGCGAUAUUCGACUGGUAAGAUUGAUGACCCUCUUCUGCGUGCCACAGGAAUUCAACCAACGCUCACAUCGAAUUGAGUAGCUGCCAGCCCUCCGCUCUCUGAAGCCUCGAAACCCCCGUCCAAACUACGCCGUGUUCUCGGGUUCACCUCGCUCGCUGUUGUCGCAUUUGUUGCCGGUCUAUCCGUCGCUCCUUUCCAAGCCAGCUCGAGGAUAAUGGCAGUCGGAAUUCCCACAGACCAGGAAACGCUGGAGCUGUUCCAACCAGGAGACGAGCUCUCUCAAGAAAUCGACAACUAUAUCAAGACGCACCCGCUGGCGGAGAAGCUGCGAUCACAACCGGAAUUCAGCGAAUCCCGUCCACAUCUGAAGAUCCCAGAGACUACACGCGGGCGCAUGCUGACGGGAGGCACACUUACGGGUCCCAAUCGUAUUGUCGUGCCGCCGUAUGCAUGGUCGGAGAAGUCUGGGAAGGAGAUGGUAUCCAUCUCCUACCUCGGCUCUGAGCUGUGUGGACACCCAGGCAUUGUUCACGGAGGGCUGCUGGCAACGAUUCUAGACGAGGGUCUGGCCCGCUGCUGUAUCCCGGCGUUGCCUAACGGUGUGGUGGUUACUGCAAAUCUCAACAUUGACUACAGACGACCGGUCGAGGCAGACAAGUAUCUGGUCCUCCGAGCGACUACCGUCAAGGUUGAAGGUCGCAAGGCCUGGGUCGAGGGCCGCUUGGAGAGUCUGCCAGAGGGUGACGAGGAGCCUGUCGUAUUCGUCGAGGCCAAGGGCCUGUUCGUCGAGCCAAAGUAUGCGGCGAAAAUUCCUUCUAUUUUCAAGCCAACCUAAUUUUGUGUUACGACCGGCGUUCUCGGGCUACAUCUCGACGGUAUUGACGCAUGUUUGUUUAUAUUCUUCUUUCUCGGUAUACAGACAUUAUUAGAGUACAUAAUCACCGGCGGCCAUGUAGAGGCAGCUCGUUCAUAAUUAUCAAUUAGAAAGACUAGACGGUCGAAAUACAAGUCCUGAUAAAGACCAA